GGCUGGUACAGAACUACACUAAUGCUUUGGAAUAAUUCGUAUAUUCAGGGAUUAAUUUAAUACAUCAACUUGUAUUAAACGGGGCUGAUUAGACGCAUUUUUACACUGAGAUGCAAAACAGAUUCCUCCUACAAGUUGCUUUCCACUUGUCAUCGCUAAUUUUCUGGAAAGCACAAGAUGUAAUCGGAUAUGGACACUCCUGUCUCAGAUGGAGUACUGCCGAAGACGGACAAAUGCGCGUCACAUUUCUGCAAGAGGACACAACCGGUGUGCGCUCCUUGUACCUCACCCUGUGGUCCGACACGCGAUUGUCAGCAUGUGAAGUAAAUACCGAUCCAUUCGUCACCGAAAGGUACCGCGCUCUUUGUGACAGUAGCAGCACCCAGCAGGGUGAAGAAGUUGCACAGAGGUUUAAUAUCAGUACAGUUUUGGCUCCGGGGGCUCUCUGCGCGAAUAUCGCCUUUAGUGCGCCAAAGUAUGGCAGGCGUUUCAAAAGAAAUGGGACUGAGGGAAAAGCUCGGAAGAAGCGCGCAUGGACAUUGCCAGGAACGCUGUGGUGCGGCAAAGGAAGCAAAGCGGUCGGAUACGAGCAGUUAGGAAUGUUUGAGAAUGCAGACAGAUGCUGCCGUGAGCAUGACCACUGCCCGCAUAUCAUCCAUGCUUUCACAGUGAAUUACGGGGUCUUCAAUCCCAACUUCUACGUGGUCUCACAUUGUGACUGUGACCAAAGGUUUCGACAGUGCCUUCUGGAUAUGAAUGAUACCAUUUCCCAUAUGGUGGGCUACAGCUUCUUCAGCAUCCUGCGGAUUCCCUGCUUUGAGCUAAAACAGCAGAGGCGAUGCACUGAGAUGUACUGGUGGGGAACGUGUAAAACAGCCAAAAAGGCUCCAUAUGCCAUUUUCAAAAGCCCCCUUCCUUACAACACCUCUGAUGCUUCAAGAAAAUAUGAAGAGAACACUGACAGCAACAAGUCAACAAGUGAGGAGCAGCAUGUAACCGAAAGAAAAUCACCCAAAAGUGAACGUAGAUGCAGCUCCAGAGACCCGCCUAGGGGAGACAGUUUCCACAGAGGGACAAAAGGCAAAGGAUGUAAAAGACCCCAGAAGCUGUCAACACUAGCACCCUCCCAAAUAUCCACAACGUCAAAGACACACACCACUACUCUGUCAAUGAAAACAGGUCUUUUAAAUCCUUCCAAAAACAGCACACUGAUGACAAAUAAAAAAAGAGUUGGAAAAAAGAAGAGCUCCAGAAAGGGCCUGUUGGCUUACACCACAGGAAGCCAAGUUCCGCCACAGGUGACCUCUACAACAAAAACAACACAGAUGCCAGCACUUCACCUGCACCUACCAACAGCCAUUACAGCAGUGACCAAAGCCAUGAAAAGUCACAAAAUAGUUCCAAAGCCGAGUCGCUGUUGUAGAUCCAGGACUCCUGUGAGGGGUGACCCUUUCUGGCCACAUUGUAAAAAUUGUCUGCAAGAAGUAACAACUUCUCACAUGACAACUGUCAAACCUGCAAUAACCAUUAAUGGAUUACCAAUCAAAGCCACAACACUUAGGGCACUACAGCUCAAAGAGACAACAGAACCCCAAACACCCAAACAAGACUCUGUGAAAAGACUAUGGAAUACAGUUACUUUUUCAACACCCAUCACAACUAAACUAAAGAGAUCUGGCCCCCUUCGUAAGAAUGGUAAGCCACAAAAGCAGCUGGACUCCCAUCUACUGCAGGAUAAUACAAGCCAGGAUCCUAUGGGUAGUACUAUAGCCCAAAACACCCAUGCCAAGAAAAACCUCAAACAAAGCAAUGCACUUCAUAACAUGACAGAUAUUCAGCUCCUGUGUGGAAGCCUCAAACAUCUGGAUGAAUGUAAAUACAAAAUUCCUCCUCUGGAGAAGAAGUAUGAUCUGCAGAACAUGGAGUCAAAGACUGCCUACCACUGUGGCUGUAUCAGCCGUUUGGCUGUUCAGGCUGAAAGCUUCAAGCAGCCCAGUGUUCUCUCUACACUACUGAUGGAUUUCAUAUCUCAGUACUGCUUUAAACUUCCAAAGGAUAAAAAAUGCCACAGCAGGAAAAGCUGUUCUGGAGGCUUCACUGAAGCUUCUGGCCUUCUUCAAACACUUAAGAAGACAGAGGAAAAAGACCCUCCUGGGGUGCGAAAUCCAAGCAAUGGAAAAAAGAGAGGGAUUCCUGUUCGCCUUUAUAAGCGAUGCCUAAGGCUGGAAAGAGAAGCUGAUAAUAGGGCACCGCUCACAUGAUCAUAGACUAACCUGCUAUGUGUAGCAACAAAGAAUUUUAUAAGCUUUACAUUUUCUGCUGCAUUUUUUGUUUCUCUCUGAUGGUGUAUAAUGGCAGUGGGAUGUAAAUAUUUAGGGACUAAAAUCCUUGAAUACUGUUAUAUUUUUGUA